AUGUGUCCAACGCAUACACACCAAUAUCUCCCCUACCCCCACCAGCUGCCCUGCACUUUGUGUCCAACGCAUACACACCAAUAUCUCCCCCACCCCCCACCAGCUGUCCUGCACUAUGUGUCCAACGCAUACACACCAAUAUCUCCCCCACCCCCACCAGCUGUCCUGCACUAUGUGUCCAACGCAUACACACCAAUAUCUCCCCUACCCCCACCAGCUGUCCUGCACUAUGUGUCCAACGCAUACACACCAAUAUCUCCCCUACCCCCACCAGCUGUCCUGCACUAUGUGUCCAACGCAUACACACCAAUAUCUCCCCCACCCCCACCAGCUGUCCUGCACUAUGUGUCCAACGCAUACACACCAAUAUCUCCCCCACCCCCACCAGCUGUCCUGCACUAUGUGUCCAACGCAUACACACCAAUAUCUCCCCCACCCCCACCAGCUGUUCCGCACUUUGUGUCCCACACAUACACAUCAAUAUCUCCCCCACCCCCAACAAGCUGCCCUGCACUUUGUGUCCGACACAUACACACCAAUAUCUCCCCUACCCCUCUCCACCAGCUGCCCCGUAGUUUGUGUCCGACACAUGCACACCAAUAUCUCCCCUACCCCUCUCCACCAGCUGUCCUGCACUUUGUGUCCGACACAUACACACCAAUAUCUCCCCCACCCCCCACCAGCUGCCCUGCACUUUGUGUCCGACACAUACACACCAAUAUCUCCCCCACCCCCCCACCAGCUGCCCUGCACUUUGUGUCCGACACAUACACACCAAUAUCUCCCCCACCCCCCACCAGCUGCCCUGCACUUUGUGUCCGACACAUACACAUCAAUAUCUCCCCACAACCCCACCAGCUGUCCUGCACUAUGUGUCCAACGCAUACACACCAAUAUCUCCUCCACCCCCACCAGCUGCCCUGCACUUUGUGUCCGACACAUACACACCAGUAUCUCCCCCAACCCCCACCAGCUGUUCCGCACUUUGUGUCCGACACAUACACACCAGUAUCUCCGCCACCCCCAACAAGCUGCCCUGCACUUUGUGUCCGACACAUACACACCAAAAUCUCCCCCACCCCCCACCAGCUGCCCUGCACUUUGUGUCCAACGCAUACACACCAAUAUCUCCCCCAAUCCCCACAAGCUGUUCCGCACUUUGUGUCCGACACAUACACAUCAGUAUCUCCCCCAACCCCCACCAGCUGUUCCGCACUUUGUGUCCGACACAUACACACCAAAAUCUCCCGCCUCCUCCACCAGCUGCCCCGCACUUUGUGUCCGACACCCGCACCGGGUCAACUUAGUGUCCAACACACACACCAGAUCUUAUGA